AUGCAUAGCCUGGGAAAGACCAAUUCAACGUCUUCUAGCACAGCCAUUGCUGUCCCAUCUUCGACGGCUCUGUAUCACCCAGCCGAUGAUGUGGAGAUAACCCAACCCCGGCGACAUCAGCUUGCUAUUAUCAUGGGUAGCCUUUUUUUCAGUCUCUUACUUGUGUCGCUGGAUCAAAGUAUCGUGGCAACGGUGUUACCUGUAAUCGCCUCUCACUUUGACGCUCUUGGCGAAAUCGAAUGGGUGGGCACGGCAUACAUUCUACCAAUGACAGCUUUGCAGCUAUUAUUUGGAAAGCUAGCAGAUACCUUUGGUAGAAAACGUACGCUGAUCAAUGCUAUCAUCAUCUUUUUGGUUGGCAGUGCAUUAUCCGGUGCAGCACAGAGCACAUUGAUGCUUUUUAUCAUGCGUGGUGUACAGGGCAUUGGUGCGGCAGGUAUUGCUCCUCUGGUUAUGAUUAUAAUUGGUGACAUUGUCCCUUUACGUGAAAGAGGAAAAUACCAGAGCAUUGUAGCACUUUGUUGGGCAACGGGAUCAAUUGCAGGCCCAUUGGUAGGUGGUGUUCUUGCAGAUCACCUUAAUUGGCGAUGGAUUUUCUACAUCAACCUACCUAUCGGGAUAAUGUCAGCAUUACUUCUUUGGCUUUUCUUGCAUAUCCCCAGGGACAAAAAUGAUCAGACGAAUCAAGCAUUAUCAUGGCGAGCCAAAUGUUACAAUAUUGAUAUCCCUGGUGCCAUUGUUUUUAUUGCUAGUAUCUUUUGCUUUCUUCUUGCCACCCAAUGGGGUGGUCGAUGGUAUCCAUGGAAACACCCAAUCAUACUUGGAUUAUACGGAGCAAGUUUGGUGCUUGUUGCUUUGGUCAUUGUCUCUUCGUGGUGGCAUCUCACAAGCCCAAACCCCAUAUUACCCAUUCACCUGUUCCUUGAUUUCAACCGAGUUGCCAUUUUUGCCAUGGUGAUAGCCACAUCUGCAGCCAUGUUUAUCAACGUGUUUUACCUUCCAAUUUACUUUCAAGUGGCUCAUGGUGAUACGCCAACCAUGGCAGGAUUUGAAGUGCUGCCAUACCUACUACCAGUGGAUAUUGUGAGCAUGAUCUCUGGAUUCAUCGUUUCGAAGACUGGCUAUUAUAGACACAUGUUUUGGGUUGGGACAGCCUUGAUUGCUAUUGGCGGUGGAUUGCAAACGUUGUUGGAUGUUGACAGUAAUAAUGCAACACAAGUAGGCUUCUUGAUUUUGACAGGGGCUGGUGCUGGGUUUUGUAUCCAAAAUGUCUAUGUUGCAGCUCAAGCGUCAACGAUCCAAGAGGAAAUUGCCUCUGCUAUCUCCCUUGUCUGCUUUUUCGGUUACCUUGGUUUUGUUUCAGGGAUUUCCAUUGGUGGUGCCAUAUUCAACAACACGCUUACAUAUUACCUGCGACGAACACCAAAUUAG